AUGAGGAAAUUCUACAGCUCCCAGGCCCUCGGCGGCCACCAGAACGCCCACAAGCGAGAGAGGGGCGCCGCCAAGAGGUUCUUCCACUCCCAGCGGAUGAUGAUGGCCGCCGCCGCCGCCUCCAUCGGCUACCCUCUGGCAGCCGCUCGGUCGCUCGGCGUCCAGCCGCACUCUCUGGUUCACAAGCCUGCGGCGGCAGGGGCGGCGGUGGCGAGAUUCGGAGGGAGGGAAAGGGAUGGAAUUGGGAUGGGUGGUAAUUGGGCGCCGUCGUUUUUGCCGGAAGAAGGGACGGCCGUGGGUUUGGUUUGGCCGGGGAGCUUUCGAUCGGUGGUGGUAGAUAGAGAUCAGAGCUGCUCUGCCUCUGGCUCUGGCUCUGGGGAUUUGCAUAGUAGCCUUGAUUUGGAUCUCAAGCUGUAA